AUGAAAGCUCCUCCUGAAAUUGAUUGGUUGCCCCCAAAGGGCGGCAUCGAACAGGGAAACCAUCCACCCUGUUUGAAAAAAAAAAACAGCAAACUCAUUUCGUACUUAAAAAAUGAAUCACAAAUUAAUGUACUCUUAUCAAAACUUAAAGAAAAGAAUGGAGUGAAUUUUUUUAAAAAUAAUCAACGUGGGAAGUUCUUCCUUAAUCAGGACAAAAAAAAAGAGGUCACCCCAUGUAACCACUUGUCUAAUUUCUCCUACACCCAACCAAGUGAAAAAGGCAUAAAUGGGAACAAAGCCGAAAUACACAUGCAUAGGAAAUACACAAGCCAACGUGACAACACCCCUAUGUCGUCACCACCAGGGAAAAAAAAAAGAACAGAGAAAUCUACCCUCCUGCACAGAUUAGGUACACUUACUCCUGGGGAAGAACCCCCCAAAGGGGACGCACACAUUAACCGCUACUCAGGAGAAGUAAAAAAGAAUGGCAUCCUUUCCGUGGAAAAAAAAGCAAUCACACAUGAAUAUAAAAUUUGCAAAAUGAGGGCCAAAAAAUAUAGCACCUUGAAAUACAACAUGUUCGUUAAGGGACUCAAAAAUGUAGACAACGCGACAGAGGGAAGAGACACUUCUUUUCCAAGGGAGGAACCCAGCAUGAUCAGUAACAACCUGAAGAGUAAAAAAAGCCAACACGCAGAAAGCCCUGCAAAGUUCAACUGUGACGAUUUGCUGCAAAUAUACGAACAUAGAUACCUUCGCCAUAUUUUUAAAAACAGCAAAAAUGUACCUUCUCAUGAGGGAAUAAAAACGAUAAGCAAUGCAGCUUACGUGCAAGGUCAAAACCCCCGUAUCUCAGGAGAGCACCAAUUGAGCAACGGGACGAAGGACAAUCACCUGAACAAGUCAGAAACAGGAAUUAACCAUCAUCAUAGUAGGAAUCGUAUACUAAAUGGUAGUGACGGAAAAUAUGCAAAGAAUACCGUUUUGAGGAGGAACUUAAAUGAAGAAGUCACCGCUCCCGAGGAUAUCACACAUUCUCGUGACAGUUCGUGUGAUGCCAACGGGGUUGAUAAUGCCAAUGUAAUGAGUAACACCGCGGAUGGUGCUGUCAGCCAGCUCGGCAGCGCCCUCGUCAAAGGUGACAAUGCGACUGCGUCGACUGAGAAAAAUAGGCACUUCUCUUCCAGACAUAUAAAAAAACCCCGUAAGAGCGACAACUUGGGGGGAGAAAAAAUACCAAAUGAUGGUCAGUCCGACUCUAAAGAAAUGGGGAACAGUUGGGGGUACAACAAAGAAAAGGAAAAUAAAAAUAAUCCAAACUAUUCAAAACUUCGAAAACGUAGCUUUGAAGAAGCGCCACAAAUUGAGCUUCCUCAAAAUGGGAUAAACAAAAAAAUCGAAACGUUAAGUAGUGCGAACUGUGCAGGGGCAGAAUCCCUAGUGGCACCCCUAACCAGAAACAAACCUGAACAGAGUGGAAACUCCUGGGGAGAAGAGGACAACCCAACAUGCCUCCUACCCAGCAUCAUGCAGGCGAAAAAGGAAGGGGGGGAGAAAAUCCCAAACGGCCCCAACGCAACGGAAAAGCUCAUUAAAAAUAUCCUAAUGAAGGAGUUAAAAAAUGAAAUAUAUUACAGCAUUGUCAAAAUGGAAGAGGAUGAAGAUGAGGAAGGUGGAGAAAGUGAAGAAGGUGAAGAAGCCGAAGAAGCCGAAGAAGCAUCUCGCGAAUGUAAACGUAGAAAAUCACGUAAAGGGAGAACCUACAAAUUGGGGAGUAACAAUCGGCUUGGAACACCCAGACGCGGGAGCCACCUCUUUGCGAGCUGCCCGCCCUCCUUUAAACCUAGCUCUUCCAGCAGUGAUAAACACAAAAAGACCAGCACACAAAAGAUGCCUGAAAUGGAGGCCGUCGAUGAAAAGCCCCCCAAAAGGGAAAACAAAGUAGAAAACAAGGGUAAACAAAAAAAGGCAUUAAAACAAGAAGGGAAUAAAAUACCACCAAGUGGUAGCAAAAAAAAAAGCGAAAAUGAAGAAAAAACGGAAAAUAAAAACUGUACUAACUUAAAAAAGGUAGAAAUUAAAAAGGCAAAAAAACAAAUCAACCUUUUGAAAGGUGGUGCAUCUAAUGGACAUGUUCCAAAUGGGGAAAAACGUCAAAUUGGAGAUGCCCCUAAAAGCGCAACAAAUGUGAGCACCCCCAAAUUGGUCAUCCACAAAAUCGAUAGGGAAAAUUCGAAGGAAUACAUUUCCAUCAAAAUUGAAAAUAAACCGAGCGCAGUUAAAAAUUGCACGCUGGGAAAGACCAACAAGGGGGAAAAAACCAACAAGGGGGAAAAAACCAACAAGGGGGAAAAAACCAGCAAGGGGGGAAAACCAAAUAGGGAGAAACAAAAAGUACAUUGUGGCAAGAGGGGACUUCCGCAAAGCUUGCCACCGGAAGGUACAAAAAAGAGCGCGGUUAAGCAAAGCACUGACGAUCGGUGGGGUGGUGCCAAGAGGAGUAGCAGCACGGAGGGGGAGUCAGAGUGCAAUCAAAAUGGUGCGCCAACCCCGCCACCAAACGGGGCACCAAACGGUGCACCAAACUGCCAACCGAAUUGCCCACCAAGUGAGCCCAGUUCCGCACCCACGUGGACCGCCUGGCGCGCCCGCCUAUUUCCCCUCUUUCUCAUCCAGAAGAAUCGAAUCUACGCAGAUAAAAACAGCAGAGCGUACGCCACCUUGACGGACCACAUAAACAACAUUAUGUGCAAAACCUUUAAGACGCAAAAGAGACUCCUCAUUUUUCACACCCUCCUCUACUCCGUGAAUGUCCUAAUUUUUUAUGCCUUGCUACAGAGGGACUUACUGCUCAACCAGGAGAGUAGCGGCAACAAAAAAGGCACGCUGUGUAUUCUCUACAUCCUCAUUGCAGAAUUGUACAUACUAUUUUUAAACAACGCUUUUUAUUUUUUUUUUAAAAAUCAGAUCAAAAACGCUCUCUUCUUCCUAGACAGGGUUAAUUUAAUAUACAUCAUGAGCAAACUAUUUCCUCAGUACUCCUCCUUUUUUAAGAAGCAAUUUUCCGUGCAUGAGAAAAAUGGCAAUUCAUUUUGCAACGAGUUGGAAGGUCACCAAAGGGGGAGAGACAGAGAAAAAGCUUUAACAGCCGCGGAGCACUCUACAAAUGCGUAUAACAAUUGGCCCAUUAAAAAAAAAUCCUCUGUACGAUUUGCGGACGAGGAAAUACAUGACAAACUCAAAAGUGGCCAUCACAACGUGGCAAGUUUAGAAAAUGAUCACGCGCGAUAUGCACACCACAGCGGAGAUAGCAGCACGAGAAAAAAUGCACCGAUGAUGGAUGGGGAAAACUUAGUUCUUUUACGAGGCAUGAGAGGAGCUCUCACCCAUUCGCUUUUUAACGCGACCCCGUAUGGAACAGAUUCGAAACAAGCACAACCGCGUAACAGUUUAACAGGGCAAGGAAAUUACCUGCGUGCAUUUGAACAAGCUGGACAAAAUGACAAAAUAAAAUACUCCGCCUCGAGGGAAGCACACACGAAUAAAUCUACAGAGAAUGAAAAAAUAACCAACCUCACAGUUUUCAUACUAAAUGAACAAAAAAAAAACAUUCCGAAUCAAUUUUUUUUUUUAAAAUUAAGAAAAUACUUCAACUUGUUAAUAAUUUUGUUUGCUUCUUUGCUAAUACACACCACCAUCGUUCUUGAAAUAAAAGAUCCAUUCCACUUCCACGUGAAAGCCAAUUUGUUUUUUUUUUUUUUCGUAUCUUUUAUUAUUCUCCUCCAAGUGCUCAUUUCCAUAAUGGCAGAAAUUGAGGAAAUUUUUAUUCAGAAAAUGAAAAUCUUUUUGAACAAAAGGGUUACAUUUUUGGAUUAUCAGUUGGCUGUGUAUCUGGGUCUGCAAUAUUAG